AUGCUGUCGACGCUCUUCGGGACGCGGCCGGCGUCGGACCAGGAGCUGCCGGAGCCGCUCGAGCCGGAGCCGUCGGGGCGGCAGCUCUCCGACGGGGACCUGCUGGACGAGCUGCUCGCCACCGUAGGGUCCGCGCGCGCCUUCCAGGAGUUCCGCCGCUCGCAGCGCAAGGAGUCCUUCAACCUCCUCCGCUGGCUGCAGCUCGUGCUCCCGCUCAUCGAGGAGCUCCGCGAGGCCGCCCCCGCCCGGCCCCUCACCGACGAUGCCUACCGCCGCCUCGCCCUCCUCGGCCGCGCAUUCCAGGCCGCGCGCCGCCUCCUCCGCUGCUGCCACGACGGCAGCAAGAUCUUUCUCUCGCUGGAGAGCGAGGCGGUGCAGGGGAGGUUCCGGGCAGUGUACGAGAAGAUCAACCUCGCUCUCGACGGCAUGCCCUACUCGGAGAUCGGCAUCUCCGACGAGGUCAAGGAGCAGGUGGAGCUGAUCAACACCCAGCUGAAGCGGAGCAAGAAGAGGGCGGACACCCAGGACAUGGAGCUCGCCAUGGACUUCAUGGUGGUGCUCCAGGACAAGGAGGACCGCAGCGCCGACCGCGCCAUCCUCGAGCGCCUGGCCAAGAAGCUGGAGCUGCAGAGCCUCGCCGACCUGCGCGCCGAGACCAUGGCCAUCAAGAAGCUCAUCAACGAGCGCAACGGGCAGCAAGCUGAGAGCACCAGGCAGAUCAUCGAGCUCCUCCACAAGCUCAAGGAUGUCGCAGGCGUCGACGAGAAGAACAUCCUCGGCGAGGUCUCCAUCCCCAAGUACCUCGAGAAGUGCCCCUCCCUCAUGAUCCCCAACGACUUCCUCUGCCCCAUCUCCCUCGAGAUCAUGACUGAUCCCGUCAUCAUUGCCAGUGGCCGGACAUAUGAGAGGAGAAGGAUACAGAAGUGGUUGGACGCAGGUCAGCGGACAUGCCCCAAGACCCAGCAGCCGUUGGCGCACCUGUCGCUGGCGCCAAAUUUUGCUCUCAAGAACUUGAUCCUGCAAUGGUGUGAGAAGAACAAGGUGGAGAUGCAGAAUGGGGAGCCUGCUGAAGAACCUGUUGUCGAGCAGGAAGUGAGCAAGGAGGUCCUCGUCCCGUCGCUGGUGAAGGACCUGUCGUCGGCGAACCUCGACGUGCAGCGCAAGGCCGUCAAGAAGAUCCGAACGCUUUCCAAGGAGAGCCCAGAGAACCGUGCACUCAUCACCGACAGUGGCGGCAUUGCGGCCCUUCUCGGCCUCCUGCAGUACCCUGACAAGAAGAUCCAGGAACACACGGUCACGUCGUUGCUCAACUUGUCGAUUGACGAGGCCAACAAGGUGCUGAUCGCCAAGGGUAGAGCCAUCCCUCUCAUAAUCGAAGUCCUGAAAAACGGCAGUGUAGAGGGGCAGGAGAAUUCCGCGGCAGCGCUGUUCAGCCUGUCCAUGGUGGACGAGAACAAGGUGGCCAUAGGGGCUAUGGGAGGCGUGCCUCCAUUGGUGAAACUCCUAAAGGAAGGGACCAUCAGGGGGAAGAAGGACGCUGCCACGGCCUUAUUUAACCUGAUGCUGAACCACCAAAACAAGUUCAGGGCCAUCGAGGCUGGUAUCGUGCCGGCGCUGCUCAAGAUCCUUGUCGACAAGAAGCUCAACAUGGUCGACGAGGCCCUCUCCAUCUUCCUCCUUCUGGGUUCCCACUCGGCAUGCCGUAGCGAGAUUGGGUCCGAGGGGUUCAUGGAGACACUUGUGCAGAUCGUCAAGGAGGGUACUCCCAAGAAUAAGGAGUGUGCGCUGUCCGUGCUGCUUGAGCUGGGAUCGAACAACAAUGCCCUCAUGGUGCAUGCGCUCGGGUUCGGCCUCCAGGAGCAGCUUACGGAGAUCGCCAAGAGCGGCACAAGCAGAGCGCAGAGGAAGGCCAACUCUUUGAUUCAGCUUGCACGAAAGUGUCAGUCGUAG